AUGAGUGAUAUUCCUGAUGGGCGAACUCUAAGGGACUACGCUGAUGAAGUCCAGAAACGUAUCGACGAGGAACGGGAGCGAACAGAAGAAGAGAAGUUCCUCCGCUCUUCUCUUAGGGGAUCCGAUCGUUUGAAAGCCAUCGAAAAUUUUCGUAAAGUUGUUCGUCCGGGCUUUCACGAACCCCAUCCGGAACUCAACGAAGCUUUUGAAUACGACGAGGGAGAUAUUCCCUCUAAAUCAGGUCAGUUUUUAAUUUUAUAUGCCAAUCCGUAA